CCCAUGGCGUCACAUUGACGUCUCGCAUACCAGCAGCUCUAUGCAGAAGGCAGACACAUAAAUGUGCUAUUAGACUUUCUCUCACAGAGCUCUCCACAUAAACAAAGCCACAUUGCAACUUCAUCACAGAGCGCAUCAUCAAGCAUUACUAACACGGGGAGACCAGAUCGUGCGGAUCUAGUCCUCAUACAUCGGAGUAUUUUCUUCAGUAGAAUUUAUAUUUUUGUCACUACAUCUACAACUACUACUACGACUAUACGAACUGCUAUAUCUACUACAAGUUUUGAUUUUUAUAACUAUGCUGGAAAUCGACCGGAAACUUUAAGGGGGUUAAUAUCACAUGUAAAGACGGAACCUCUACAGCAAGCAAAAAGCCUCUCACUGUCUGGCUUAUUGAAGCCGGGGCUACAGCCUCUUACAAGACCCCGGUUCGGAAGAGCGCCCUCAGCUGAGCUCUGAAACCCGGCUAUCGGACAGUUCAACCAGCGCAGCGUCCGCCGAAGCUGCCUCUCACCGCUGCCUUGUUACACCUCCGCAGAGGAAACCAACCACAAUUCAGCGAGCAAAAUUCCAACCAGAUCUAUGGCAUUCUGACAAUGAGCAAGCGCGCACAAUUAUUGGAACAGCUGCAUUUUAUCCACCUAAAAUGCACACCUCGAGACAUGCCCUGCGUACAGGCCCAGUAUGGCCCGUCCCCGCCCGGCUCCAGCUACAGCACCCAGACCUUCACGUACCCUGGGGAGUACAGCUCUGACAUCAUGAACCCAGACUACACCAAGCUGGGCAUGGAGCUUGGGAGCGGGGAGAUCUCGGCGGCCGCGGCCACCACCUCCCUGCCCAGCUUCAACGUCUUCGUGGAGGGCAGCUACGAGCCCAAGUCCUCCUGCCUGUACCAGGUGCCCCACCACAGGCCGCUGAUCAAGAAGGAGGAGGAGCCCUACCCCCCGCCCCCGCAGCUGCCCCUGGCGCAGUCCGAGGACACCAUGCCCAGCACCUCCAUGUACUUUAAGCAGUCCCCGCCCUCCACCCCCACCACCCCGGGCCUGCCGGGCCAGCCGGGGGCCUCCUUCCUCUGGGACGACCCGCACAACCUGCCCCCCGUCCCGCAGACCUGCAUGGGCUCCAGCCCGCUGAUGGAGUCGGGGCCGCUCAAGUCCCCCCGGUUCCCCCACUUCUUCGACCAGUCCCCCCCGCACGGCGGCUACGAGGCGGGCCUGGGACUGCCGCUGCGGGCGGAGCGCUCGCCUUCCUCCUCCUCCUCCUCCUCCACCGCCGCCUCGUCCUCCUCCAUCCAGCACCCUGGCCUGGAAGCCCACAUGUACCCACUGCACAUGGGCAAGGCGGGGGGCCUGCACUUCCGCCCGCUCGGGAUGGGGCCCUGCCCGCCCCUGCUGGGGGGGGAGAGCGGGCUGCCGUCCCCGCCCGGCCGCUCCACCUCAGGGGAGGGCACCUGCGCCGUGUGUGGCGACAACGCCGCCUGCCAGCACUACGGCGUCCGCACCUGUGAGGGCUGCAAAGGCUUCUUCAAGAGAACAGUACAGAAGAAUGCCAAGUACGUCUGUUUGGCCAGUAAAAAUUGCCCUGUGGACAAGAGAAGACGGAACCGCUGCCAGUACUGUCGUUUCCAGAAGUGUCUGAGUGUGGGCAUGGUAAAGGAAGUGGUCAGGACAGAUAACCUGAAAGGGAGAAGAGGUCGCCUACCCUCCAAACCAAAGAGCCCCUUGCAGCCAGAGCCAUCUCCUCCCUCACCCCCCAUCAGCCUCCUCAAUGCCUUAGUGAGAGCGUACUCCCAGUCCACGCCCCGCGAGCUGGACUACAGUCAGUUCAGAGCUACUGACCAGCCCACGGCCUCCUCGGACGCCCAGCACAUCCAGCUGUUCUACCGGCUGCUGACCAGCUCCAUGGAGGUGACGCGGAGCUGGGCCGACCGCCUGCCGGGCUUCCCCGAGCUGCUGCGCGACGACCAGAACCUGCUCAUCGACUCCGCCUUCCUGGAGCUAUUCGUGCUCCGAUUGGCCAACAGGUCCGUUAUCCCAGAGGACAAGUUUGUGUUCUGCAACGGGAUGGUUUUGCACCGGUUCCAGUGCCUUCGGGGGUUCGGGGAGUGGCUCGACUCCAUCCGGGAUUUCUCCUCCCACCUGCAGAGCCUUAACCUGGACGUGUCGGCCUUCGCCUGCCUGGCCGCGCUGGUCAUGCUCACAGAACAGUGCCCGGGAUUAAAAGAACCAAAGAAAGUGGAGGAGAUCCAGAACAAGAUCAUCUGCUGCCUGCGGGAUCAGCUGGGCUUCGGAGCGGGCGUGCCCGUGGGCGGGGCGGGCGGGGCGGGCGGAGCCUCCAAGGCGCCGGCCUCGCUGAGCCGGGUGCUGAACGUGCGGGCGGAGCUGCGCUCCCAGCGCACGCAGGGGCUCCAGCGCAUCUUCUACCUGAAGCUGGAGGACCUGGUGCCGCCGCCGCCCGUCAUCGACCGCUUCCUGGACACGCUGCCGUACUGAAGGAGGCCUCAGCCAGCAAGCCGCGCCCGCUAGCCCCGCCCCUCGCCCCGCCCCCCUCGCUGCACGGCACAGCAGGCGUCUCCCGCUCUUCUCCGCCCCCGUGGAGACGCCGCUGCCACUGUCAGAAGCCCCGCCCUCAGCGGCUGUGAAUUGGCUCAGAGGGCCCGAAGGCCCGAAGGCCCCAAGGCCCCGAUCCGGAGAAAGCGAGGAGAUCCACUCACCUCUUUCAGCCUGGAUAAAAUCCUGUGGUCCAAAUGAACUCUCAGACCGGGUUUAAAUUUGUUGUCAUAAUUUUUUUAAUCAAUCAAUUGCUUUCUAUUUUCUAUCUCUUCUUUGUUUUUUCCCCAUCUGGGGGGGGAGGGGAAGUAAUCAUUGGCAAACUAAAGAGGGGAAAAUAGACGUUCCCCUGUCUGAGUUAGGUUUUUUCCCCCUUUGCGAUGGUGGGCAGCGUGAUUUUAGCUGUUAUUCUGUAGGGAGUUUUUUUGUGGAAAAGACUCUGACCCAAUCUGGUCUCUGAGACAGGUUGGCAUGCACUGUUAGAGCUACACCUGUAGUGCAGUUGUGUGUAAUAUAACGUCCCGAAGUUUUUAUUUCGGGUAAUCAAUGAACUCUGCGAUUUAUUUUUCCUUUUUUUUCUUCAAAAAGUCAAGUCAGUGGAUGUUUGUAUCAAAUUGUAUCGCAGGCCAAGAGCAUCAUAUGUGGAUGUCUUUGGUGCAUUCAGAUUAUGUAAGGUUCCUCAAUACAUGGGCAGCCAUGUUCUGUCUGUGGUCAAGACUUAACAUAUUUUACAGAGUGAAUAAAAACGAAUACAUACGAACACACACGGCAAGUUCAUAAUGGCAGUUUGCUCCUGUAUUUUAAGUGCAAUUUCUUAAGUGCUAUCUUAAACAAGAGAGAGUGAUUCUCAUUACUUUAUCAAACUCUAAAUUAUUUUAAUACUAAAACACAGAAAGUAAAAGAGUUUAACGGUUUUAAAACAAAACAAGAAAAAAAAGCUAAAUAAAGCAAGAGAUAAUAGCCAAUCGAUCGCACUAACUUUUGAUGACGGAGUUCCACAAACUUGAAUUUGCUGUAGCAGUUUUUUAGGAAACUGAUCUUAGGGGUAAGACAACGGAAUUGGGAGCGCUGAGAAGGUGUAGACAGAUAAAAUUAGGCUUAAAGCACUUAGACCUUCACUGAGAAAGUUGGAGGCAAAAUUGGGAAGUGGUCUGUUCAUGGUCUCAGGAGGAUGGACAUCUGGGUGGGUGACUUAGGGGUAGAGGGAACAGGAUCGAGGGCCUAUGGCAGGACAUCGAGGACUGGCACGAUACAUUCCGCAUUCAUACUCUUUUUUUGUAUGUUUAUAUUGUUGAUGCCAUUUAUUAAGAUGACAGAAUUUGUUGCAUAAUGUCUUUAUUUGUACAAAAAAGGAAAAAAAAGAUUAUAUGCAUGGUAUAUUGUAUUGGCUUCGCCUGUAUUUAUUGCAAAGACUGUCAGCCCUACUUAGCUCUGUUCUUAACUCAGUGCUAACCAAGGGCUUGAUUGCACACUGACUUCAAGAGUUCAAGCAAACAAAACAAAAUGGCAGUGGUUUUAAGUAACAGAAAUCAAAUUAUAUAAAUAUAUAAAUAUAUAUAUAUUAUAUAUACAAAACUAAUAUUUUGAAGUGUUUUUAUCUGAUAGCUUUUUCAAAUAUUGUGGUACGAGUUGUGAAUUGUUUUUUGAAGAAGAGAAACAAAAAGAAAAAAGAAAAAUACUUUUUUCAAUGUCCUUGGUUUCUUUUUCUGUUUCGUUUUUUUUCCCCCUUCGGUUCACUGGAGUUUCUGUUCAGCACUUUGAAAUCAUAAAAUAGUACUGAUUAUUUUG